AUGUAUACAGCGUCAGUGUGGGCAAUACCCGAUGUUUAUGGCAAAAAGAGCGCACGCAAGAGACAGAUACAGCAACUGAAUGCUAUCCAACGCCGUGCAGCACAUUCCAUUAGUGGCACCUUCCGAACAGUCUCCGCCACAGCGAUGAAUACAAUCUUGCACCUGCAACCAAUGGAACAGCGAAUUCAGGAAGCCCUAUGGAAAGGCCUCUCCCGAUUAGCAACCUCCCGUAUCUACGCGAACAUCAUCCGUCAACGCGUCCACCACACAAAGCAAUCCUAUCAUAGCAACCUCGAAAUCGCCGAAGAAGCCUUCCUCCUACAAGUCGACAUCCCCUCAUCUCGCAAAGAAGCGAUGUUCGUCCACGACCUCUACCACGACCCAUUUAAUAGUGGCAUCCCGAAACUAUACACAGACGCCUCCGGCCGCACAGAACGCAUAUCGACAGCAGUAUACUGCGCCGCCCCCGCUGCUGAGUCCUCCGCCUAUCUUGGCCCCAUACAUAACCACAACCCCCAUUGUGGCGAGCUCGCGGGUAUAAUCCUCGCCCUACAAUUAGCAGAGAAACAACCCUUCGACUGUAACAUUAUCAUCUUCACAGACAGCCAGUCCGCGCUCCAGGUAGUACACAACCCACAUCAAACAUCUGGCCAAUAUCUCAUCCGUAAGAUCGUGCGGCUGCUAGACGUGCGACGCGGUAAUGGCUGGAGAACGACCUUUAUAUGGAUCCCCGCUCACUCCGGUAUCCCUGGUAAUGAAGAAGCCGACAGACGGGCCCGAAUUGCCGCCGGAUGGCGUCCCCAGGAACGAGAUAAUGAGGGCCCCCCUCGCACCGCUCCUAUUGAUCGAUGGGAAUCCCCCCACGAAGCCUGGUCGGAUAGCUGGUCAUUUCCCCGCGCUGCGGUGCCUCCCGGCCAGGCUCUCCGACUUUUAAUGCCCGAUCUCGACCCCCGGGGCGUGACGAUCUACCGAGGACUCUCCAUACGUGAGGCAUCCGCUAUUAUGCAGGCGAAAACCGGCCACCUGGGCCUCAACGGGUAUCUCUAUCGAAUAGGACAUGUCGACUCUCCUCUCUGUCUAUACGAAACCUCCAACGAAACUGCCGCACAUAUCAUCCUUCUAUGUCCGCUAUACCACGAGCUACGGUGCACAAUAUGGGGCUUGCAAUCAGCACCGAGAAAUCUCCGAGAAGCUCUCUGCAGCACGGACUUCAUAAAAGGAACUACCCGAUUCCUGCUGGCGACAGGACGGCUGCAAUCUCUUAUGCCGAUGCCCGAAAUCGAAUCAGAUAUGGAAGAAUCUGGCUCAGACUCAGAAGAAGAAUAUUGA